AUGGCCGACAUGGAGGGCUUGGCCUUGGCUCAGAAUGGCCUGGUCGGCGCCUUUGUCGUGACGUUUCAUCACUUGAAAGGCAACACGAUCUUGUGGUCCUAUCCCUACGACCUGGAUUUGGAUGGCGUGGAAUUCAAGGCAAGCCGAAGCGCCAUGCCAUCGGGGUCGCACGUCAUCAAGCAUGACAUUGUGCAUUUUCAUGUCUCGGGCAACCUCUAUGCAGUUGCCGCGUUCGAGUCGAUGAACGAUGACACGGCUGAACGCAACCUCCGGGCCCGUGCCGUCGGAAUCAUCUCCGCCAACGUUGAUCAUCUACACAUGCACGUGGAUUUUCUCGAACAUCAGUGCCAUCACCAGCUCCAGAUUACAGACGAAGCACAGCAGAACUUUGACGCGAUAGCAGACUACGUCACCAACUUUAACGCUGCUCAACACCCGGAAGCCUUUCGGCACAUUGACGUUGGUAUUCCAGCUUGGGUGGAUGUGCCUGGUAGCCCGCUGCAGUGCGAGUGGUCCGAGGGUCAAAUCACCGUGGCGCAUAAGGACGGGGCCAUGCAACAGCUGCUUGAUGCCUAUGGCAAACGCAUCAUGUUGUUCUGGAAGCUAGCCCUUUUGAAAAAGCGCAUCAUCUUCUUGACCUCCCCACCCGUGCAGCACGCUUGUCAACGAGUACUUGCGUGUCGAGCAUUGGGCCAGCGAUGCGUGACCAACGCAAGCCUACAAACCGUUCUCAAACCCUACGGCUAUCAGAAUUUGUCCGACAUUGCCACCAUCCAAAAUGAUGACGAGUAUGCUUGCUGUGUGACCGAAACCAUCUUCGAGACCAAGCCCAAGCUGUACGACGUCUUUGUCAAAGAAGACAAGCUCAUUGCCCCGGAUGAAGGGGUGAAUCGUCUUCUGCGCUUAACUGCUGCCGACAAUCGUCGUUUUGCCAGGCUGAACCAGUUGUUGCGUGCAUCCAACUCCGACAGCACGAUCGUUCAGUACUUUGUUGAGCUGAACAGCAAAAUCCUGGCGGCUCUGGCCAUUGCGCGUGACCGACCCACGCGACGGGUGACAAAGGAUGAUGUUGCCGCUGUUGGCCUUCAUCCGCGUGACGAUGGCCCACUCAUAGUUGAGCUUGCAGCUGUCUACUGCCCUGAAGUCGAUGUCGAGGAUAUGAGUGAUUGUACUUGUCUGUAGGGUCGAUGAACCGCAUAGUUGCUUCGGCACGCCCUUUGGGCUUGCUUUUCGGAAAACCGAGUGAUGCUUUUUGCACACUGAUAAAUUGGGCUGUUGAAAAGCCUGGUUCUGAUUGCGACAGCACAAGCGCAUAGUCAACAGCACUGCCGACAAGAUGCCGGUGCUAAAAUAAAAAAACAUU